UUAGGUUCAUUUCAAUUAAACCAUUUAACACUCACAUUACAACAAAGCUCCCCAUAAACCCACAAAUUAGAGUCUAAUAAUCACUACUUAACUUUCUCUUUUCAUUCAUCCGUCACCUUCAACACCGGUUUUUGUUUCCGCCAUUGCAACAAUCAGCAACUUCUUCUCUCUUCUCUUUCAUUACCGAGAGUCAUGGUUCAAAUUGGCGGGAAAAAAGACGAUCGCGAAACCGAAGAGGUUUCGAAUUCCAAUUCAACUGAUUCGGAGAAGAAAAUCGAAGAAGCAGUGACAGUGACAGUUACCGAUCCCGAACAGGAACGAGAAAAAGAAAAGGAUUCAAUGGAGAUGAAUGUAGAAGACGGAAACGAACCAGACUCGUUCUCGCCAACUCCCGCCACCGUUUUUCAAAUUCGUCUCGAACAACCAGACGCCUAUUCACUUUACAAGAUGGAUUUCCCUCAAGUUUGUCGCAAUUUCAGUGCCGUUGCUUGGUGUGGGAAAUUGAAUGCUAUAGCUUGCGCUUCUGAAGCAUGUAUCAGUGAUCCAAGCUCAAUUCUAAGUCCAUCAUUUUGGAUCCCUGUGCAUAUUGUGAUCCCAGAGAGGCCAACUGAAUCUGCGGUAUUCAAUGUCAUAGCAGAUUCUCCUCGUGAUCCCAUCCAGUUUAUUGAAUGGUCCCCUGCCUGUUGUCCCCGUGCAUUAUUGAUAGCGAAUUUCCAUGGGAGGGUAACUAUUUGGACUCAGCCAUCUCAAGGGCCAGCUAAUUUUGUACUUGACACUAGCUGUUGGCUGUGUGAGCAUGAGUGGCGGCAAGAAAUUUCAGUUGCUACAAAGUGGCUGUCAGCGGUGUCUCCGUAUAGGCGGCUUUCUUCCAAGUCAAGUGCUCCUGCCAAUUCAAAGUCAAUGUUUGAGGAAAAGUUUAUUUCACAACAAUCUCAAACUUCAGCUAGAUGGCCCAAUUUUUUCUGUGUCUGUUCUGUACUCUCAUCAGGCUUAGUUCAACUUCAUUGGUCACAAUGGCCUCCUAGUCAGAAUGCAACAUCACCCAAAUGGUUUUCCACUAGAAAAGGACAAUUGGGUUGUGGGCCCAGAGGCAUUGUGGCUGGUGAUGCUAUCAUUACAGAAAGUGGUAUUAUGCAUGUAGCCGCUGUGCCAUUUGUCAAUCCAUCUACCAUUGUUGUAUGGGAGGUUAUGCCUGGGUCUGGAAGUGGUUUCCUAUUAACUCCAAAGACAAGUAUUAAUAAUGGUGUCCCACCUCGUAGCCCACCCAACUGGAGUGGUUUUGCACCUUUAGCUGCAUAUUUAUUUAGUUGGCAAGAUUAUCUGUUAUCUGAAGAAAAAAAAGGGAAAAACCAAACAAACCAAAACCUUAGUGAAUCUAUACGACUUUACUGCUCACCAGUUUCAAAUUUUUCAGCAUAUAUGAGUCCUGAAGCGGCAGCUAAAUCUGCAGCAACCCCUGCAUGGGGUUCUGGUAUAUCAGCAGUAGCCUUUGAUCCGAUUCAUGGCGGUUCUGUGUUAGCUGUUGUGAUAGUUGAGGGGCAGUACAUGUCCCCUUUUGACCUAGAUGAGGGACCAUCAAUCACAGGGUGGAGAGUGCAACGCUGGGAAUCAUCGUUGCAGCCUGUUGUCUUCCAUCCAAUAUUUGAAAACCCUACUUCAAGUAUUGAUGGAAAGCCUCCUAUGCAAGAUGUUUGGCAAUGCAAAGUGGAUAUGAGUAUUCCACAAACAAAUGAUAUCAAGAAUCAUCAAACACCUCCAGUCGGAAUGAAUGCUAAUGUUCAAAAGGCAUCUGAGUCUGGUUUUGAUAAGUCAAAAGGGGAAAAGGUCAAUGCUUUUGAUCUUCCAACUGAUAUUAGGGCACUCUCACGAGUUGUUUACUCAGCUCAGGGUGGUGAAAUGGCUAUUGCUUUUCUUCGGGGCGGAGUCCACAUUUUUUCUAGCUUAAAUUUUGCACCUUUAGCCAACUAUCAGAUUGAUGUUGGAGCUGCAAUUGCUGCUCCUGCUUUUUCUGCAACAAGCUGUUGUUCAGCUUCUGUAUGGCAUGACACAAGCAAGGGUCAGACCAUAUUGAAAAUAAUCCGGGUUCUUCCUCCUGCUAUUCCAAUUGGUCAAGUGAAAGCAAACUCUUCAACUUGGGAAUGUGAAAUUGCUGAAAGGUUCUGGUGGAGCCUUUUGGUUGGAAUUGAUUGGUGGGAUGCUGUUGGUUGUGCACAAAGUGCUGCUGAGGAUGGUAUUGUUUCACUUAACAGUGUUAUUGCAGUCUUAGAUGCGGAUUUCCAUUCCCUUCCUACUGCUCAGCACAGACAACAGUAUUGUCAUAGUCUAGACCGAAUAAAGUGUAGGCUACUUGAAGGAUCAAAUGCUCAAGAGGUCAGGGCAGUGGUUCUGGAUAUGCAAGCUAGGUUAUUGUUGGAUAUGCUCGGAAAGGGAAUUGAGUCUGCUUUAAAUGACCCUUCAGCUUUAGUGCCUGAUCCAUGGCAGGUAUCUGCUGAGGCAUUAUCCAGUAUUGGUCCCAAAGCAGUAGCUGUUGAACCUGCACUAAUUCCAUGUAUUCAGGCCUAUGUUGAUUCAGUUCUUGAUCUGGCUUCACAUUUUAUCACACGGUUGCGGCGGUAUGCAAGUUAUUGUCAUACACUGGCUAGUCAUGGUGUGACUGUGGGGACUGGAAGCAACCGGAAUAAGGUCACUGGUCCUGCCCAAAAUUCAACAGCUCCUGCAACAAGUCAGGGAGGUGAAAAUGGGACCACCAGUUCUAGUGGAAGCACAGAGAUGAAAGAUUUAGUGCAAGGGGCUAUUGCCAAGAUUAGCAACACUUCUGGAGUAUCCAAUCCGACUCCUAAUCCCCCCAUCAGCGGUCCUUCGUCCUUUAUGCCAAUAAGCAUGAAUGGAGAAACUUUUUCUGGAACACCCGCAGUUCGACUUAUGGGGGACUGUCAUUUCCUUCAUAGAUUAUGCCAACUUUUGCUCUUUUGCUUUUUCUUUCGACGAUCACAACUUCCCCGCUAUAUGAGUGGUGCGAAGAGAACUGCCGAUAACAAUACACAAAAGCCUCAACCUAAUGCUUCUGUUCCUGACAAGGUGGAGGAGAUUGCAAAACCGGUGUCAAGUGUGGGUAGGUCAGAUGACAGUCAGACAGGGCGAGUUCUGCUUGGGCCUAGGUCAAGAGGGGGUGAAGAACAGUAUCUAGGGCGUUUGAGAUUUGGUACUGGAAAUGCAGGUCAGGGGUAUACUUUUGAAGAGGUCAAGGUUCUUUUUCUAGUAGUUAUGGACCUUUGUCGCCGAACUUCUAGUCUGCAGCACCCCUUGCCAGUUUCUCAAGUGGGGAGUAGCAACAUUCAGGUUCGGCUGCAUUAUAUUGAUGGGAACUACACUGUACUGCCAGAUAUUCUGGAAGCAUCCAUUGGCCCACAUAUGCAGAACAUGCCUCGCCCUAGAAGUGCAGAUGCCGGUGGUCUUCUACUACGCGAGCUAGAUCUCAAUCCUCCAGCAGAAGAGUGGUACCGACAGAAUUCGUUUGGUGGGCCUUGGACUGAUCUAGAUGAUGAGGAUGAUGCAAAUGAUGCACCAAGACUAGUUAGUUUGUAUCCAUUUGAUUCCAGUUCAUUGGAAAACAAUGAUAUCCAUUAUGAAGCCAAUGGCUUGUUGCCAAGGAAGCGCAGGAUGAUUGAACGAGAUGCAGCUUUUGGGUUGAACACUUCAGAGAGUCUGGGAGCUUAUCUUGGUAUUAUGGGAUCUCGAAGAGAUGUUGUUACUGCAUCAUGGAAGACUGGCCUUGAAGGGGUCUGGUACAAGUGCAUAAGAUGUUUGCGGCAGACUUCUGCUUUUGCUUCCUCAUCUUCCACCAACCUUCCUAGUCAAGAUGACCUCAAGAGUUGGUGGGUGAGCCGCUGGGCGUAUGGCUGUCCAAUGUGUGGCGGAAGAUGGACUCGAGUUGUAUAGCUGGCUUCAUUACAAAAUUGUCACCAUGUUAGUUUCUUCUUGGUUGAGGGAAUAAACACAUGAUUGUGGUUAACUGAAGAAACUAAAUAUAGAUAAAAAAGAAGCAAUUAGAAUUGUACAGGGAAGAGAUAUAGACACGAGUUUCUUCUUGUUUGAGGGAAGAAACUCGUGAUUGUGGUUAAGUAUAGAAAGAAACUGAAUGAAAAUAAAAUGCCGACUCGAAUUGUACAGGGAAGAAGAGGUGUAGAUUUACCUGACAGUGAGAAGUGUUGUGUUUUAUGCAGUCACUGUUGUUGGAGCAAAGAAAAAAACUAGCUCUAGUUGUCAUCAAGACAUUUCAUUGCCAUUAAACUCUUCAUAACACUUUGAUGUUGCAAGUGAAGGUGGUUUACUUCAUAGAACAAAUGAUGAGUGGAAGGAAGAGUUGUGUAUGUCUCUUAUGUACUGCAAGGUUUAUGAAGAUAAAACAAUUUUUGGAUAAAAUGCUUGAGUUAUUUAUUUAUAGACCUUAAAACAUGCAAGUAUCUCAACUUAGGUUUCUAAAUUUUUAAAUUAUAAUCAAGAUCACUUAUGUAAAAUUUAGUAAACAUGACAAUAGAAAAACUAAAUAUUAUAUAAAUUAUUGUCAACAUUAUCUAUUAUAAAUUACGCAUAUUACAUUUGAAGUUACAUUUGUAUCAUCAAUAUCUUCAACCUUUCUUUUGAAACAAUUAAUUUUUAUUGCAAUAUAUAAUUGACCAUGCAACAACACCAAUGUUAGAAGAUAUACUCCAACAUUAUAAAGGCACAAGAAAUUGUAUAAGCUGAAAUUAAAAAGGAAUUUUUACAUCAAACUCUAUAGAAAUGUUCAGAUUAAACAUACAAUUAACAAAUACAAUCAAAAUAGAAAACUAUUUAAUCUCAAUCGAGUCA